AUGGAGCAGUCCAAGCCGUCGGCUUCGCUCGCCUGUGAAGAGGCGUCCUGCUCGUCCUGGGGAGCCUGCAGUAGUACAACUAAAAAUUUGCCUGCCAUGUCAACAGAAUCUGUGGAAAUCGAUGAUGGAUUAUACAGUCGACAGAGAUAUGUUCUUGGUGACACAGCAAUGCAGAAGAUGGCCAAAUCCUGUGUCUUCUUAAGUGGUAUGGGUGGUCUUGGAGUGGAAAUUGCAAAGAAUCUUGUUCUUGCAGGGAUUAAGGCGCUGACAAUUCAUGACACAAAAAAAUGCCAAGCAUGGGAUCUAGGGACCAAUUUCUUUUUGUGUGAAGAUGAUAUUGUUAAUGAGAGAAACAGAGCUGAAGCUGUACUUCAUCGUAUUGCAGAACUAAAUCCGUAUGUGCAUGUGUCAUCUUCCUCUACUCCUUUUGACGAAACCACAAACCUCUCCUUCUUAGAAAAAUACCAGUGUGUAGUGUUGACUGAAAUGAAACUGACGUUACAAAAGAAGAUCAAUGACUUUUGCCAUUCUCAUUGCCCUCCAAUUAAGUUUAUAAGUGCAGAUGUACAUGGAAUUUGGUCCAGGUUAUUUUGUGAUUUUGGCGACGAAUUUGAAGUUUCAGAUACAACAGGAGAAGAACCAAAAGAAAUUUUCAUUUCAAACAUAACGCAAGCUAAUCCAGGCAUUGUCACUUGUCUUGAAAAUCAUCCUCACAAGCUUGAGACAGGACAGUUCCUAACAUUUCGAGAAGUUAAUGGAAUGACAGGCUUAAAUGGAUCCAUACAACAGAUAACUGUAGUGUCACCAUUUUCCUUCAGCAUUGGUGAUACUACAGAACUGGAUCCAUAUUUACAUGGAGGUAUAGCUGUACAAGUUAAGACUCCUAAAACAUUUUGCUUUGAAUCCCUGGAGAGGCAGAUAAAACGUCCAAAGUGCCUUAUUGCAGAUUUUAGCAGACCUGAGGCACCUUUACAGAUUCAUGCAGCUAUGCUUUCCUUGGACCAGUUUCUGGAAAGCCACAAUCGUAAGCCAAAUAUCAGAUGUCAGCAAGAUUCAGAUGAGCUGUUGAAACUAACACUAUCUGUAAGUGAAACCUUGGAAGAAAAGCCUGAAGUGAAUGCUGACGUUGUGCACUGGCUCUCAUGGACUGCUCAAGGCUUUUUACCCCCGCUUGCUGCAGCAGUCGGGGGUGUUGCCAGCCAAGAAGUAUUAAAAGCUGUUACAGGGAAGUUUUCUCCUUUGUGCCAAUGGUUGUAUCUGGAAGCAGCAGACACUGUCAAAUCCCUAGGCAAUCCUGGGCGUGAAGAGUUUCUCCCACGAGGAGAUAGAUAUGAUGCCUUACGAGCCUGCAUUGGAAAUACAUUGUGUCAGAAGCUACACAAUUUGAAUAUCUUCUUAGUAGGAUGUGGUGCCAUAGGCUGUGAAAUGUUAAAAAAUUUUGCAUUACUGGGUGUUGGUACAAGCAGAGAGAAAGGAAUGGUUACAGUUACAGAUCCUGACUUGAUAGAAAAAUCCAACCUGAACAGACAGUUCCUGUUUCGUCCUCAUCACAUACAGAAACCUAAAAGCUAUACUGCUGCUGAAGCAACUCUGAAAAUAAAUCCUCAAUUGAAAAUAGAUGCACACCUGAACAAAGUGUGUCCAGCCACUGAGAGUAUAUACAGUGAUGAAUUUUAUACUAAGCAAGAUAUCAUUAUUACAGCACUAGAUAAUGUGGAAGCCAGGAGAUAUGUAGACAGUCGUUGCUUAGCCAAUCUCCGGCCUCUCUUAGAUUCUGGAACAAUGGGCACAAAAGGACACACUGAAAUAAUUGUACCUCAGUUAACUGAAUCUUAUAAUAGUCACCGGGACCCACCAGAAGAGGAAAUACCAUUUUGCACUCUAAAAUCCUUUCCAGCAGCUAUUGAACAUACUAUCCAGUGGGCAAGAGACAAGUUCGAAAGUUCCUUCUCCCACAAGCCUUCAUUGUUUAACAAAUUUUGGCAAGCCUAUUCUUCUGCUGAAAAUGUCUUACAGAAGAUACAAAAUGGAGAGAGUCUAGAAGGCUGUUUUCAAGUUAUUAAGCUACUUAGCAGAAGACCUAGAAAUUGGUCCCAGUGUGUAGAAUUAGCAAGAUUAAAGUUUGAAAAAUAUUUUAACCAUAAGGCUCUUCAACUUCUUCACUGUUUUCCUCUUGACACACGAUUAAAAGAUGGCAGUUUGUUUUGGCAGUCCCCAAAAAGGCCACCUUCUCCAAUAAAAUUUGAUUUAAAUGAUCCUUUGCACCUCAGUUUUCUUCAGAAUGCUGCAAAACUAUAUGCUACAGUAUAUUGCAUUCCAUUUUCAGAAAAGGACUUAUCAGUGGUUACCCUCAUGGAUAGUCUUUCAGAAGUUAAAAUUGAAGAAUUCAAGCCUUCCAACAAGGUUGUUCAAACAGAUGAAACUGCAAGAAAACCAAACCAUGUUCCUAUCUCCAAUGAAGAAGAGAAGAAUGCUGUUUUCCAACUAGAAAAGGCUAUUUCAUCUAACAGAACUACCAAAAGUGACCUUCACAUGUCAGUGCUUUCAUUUGAAAAAGAUGAUGACAGUAAUGGACACAUAGAUUUCAUCACAGCAGCUUCCAAUCUUCGAGCCAAAAUGUAUAGCAUUGAACCAGCUGACCGUUUUAAAACUAAACGCAUAGCUGGUAAAAUUAUACCGGCUAUAGCAACCUCUACUGCUGCAGUUUCUGGCUUGGUUGCUUUGGAGAUGAUCAAGGUAGCUGGUGGUUAUCCUUUUGAAGCUUACAAAAAUUGUUUCCUUAAUUUAGCCAUUCCAAUAAUAGUGUUUACAGAGACAUCUGAAGUAAGAAAAACUGAAAUCAGAAAUGGAAUAUCAUUUACAAUUUGGGACAGAUGGACUGUACAUGGAAAUGAAGAUUUCACUCUCUCAGAUUUCAUAGAUGCUGUCAAAGAGAAUUAUGGAAUUGAGCCGACAAUGGUGGUACAAGGAGUCAAAAUGCUUUAUGUUCCUAUAAUGCCGGGUCAUGCAAAAAGGUUAAAGCUAACAAUGCACAAACUUGCGAAACCGUCCACUGAGAAGAAAUAUGUGGAUCUGACUGUGUCAUUUGCCCCAGACACAGACGGAGAUGAAGAUUUGCCAGGACCUCCAGUAAGAUACUACUUCGGUCCUGACACCGAUGAAGAGACAUUGUCAUAGAGAUACUCUGGGACUGCUUUAUUUUGGAAAGUGUACUUAACUCAGAAGCUAAAAAUAACUCAACUCAUAAUACUGUGGAUUUCUUUUUGCCUUAAUUUAAGGAAAACAUCAGAAGAAAACUUAACUACAUUACAAAACG